CUGCACUAGUCAGUGUCACUGCAGGAGGAACCUGUCGAGAUGAGGUGGUGUAUCGCUGUUGUCUUGCUGCAGUUCUUCAGCCCAGCGCUGCAGGCUGACCCACUGCUCUACGAACUGCAGAAUGGGCAAGAAAAACCCAAGCCAUGGCUUAACCCUGUGCUGGAAGAUGUUUUCCCUUCUCGGGAACUCAGCAAACCAACUCAAAUUAGAGAAAUCCAACAAACUGAGAUGACCUCACACUCCUUCCCAAUGUUUGCUGAAUACACCAAUCUCAAGUGGGUUACAUGGAAUGGCUCCCUCCCAAAUGGUGCUGUAGCAAUCUUCAAUGGCUACACCGAACGCACUGACUACGUGUGCAAAGUCAACUGUGAAGCUGGCUUUUACACUUCCACCAAAGGGAACUUCUGCCAGUACCCAUACGCUGACAAAGAGUAUGCAUCCUCCAAGUUUGAGGUGCUAGUCAACGUGGACCACUUUGAGUUCAUAGAGUGGAUAGAGGAUUCAUAUGGGUCAGUCCCCCAAUAUGCCAUAAAAACCUGCCCCAACUCAGACAUCUAUGUUGGCAAAAACAAGUAUGGUCUUGGCAAGGUGGUGGCCCAACACGAGGCCUUCUUCCUUCCCUGGGAGGGUGAAGAGUACUGGUACAAGAACUACCAUGUUCUUGCUAUCAACACAGACAGCUACAGCCAACACAUCUCUCAUGUAGAGUAUGGCAUUGACCAGAUGGAGCUGUUCCACCAUCCUCCGGAGGCCCUGCAAAUGGCCAAAGUCACCAACUUAGAGUGCAGAAACGUGGAGAAGACAGUGAAACUGGAGAAGACCAGUACUGUGGAGAAGACCUGGGACAUUGGCAGAGAGACCCGCAAUGGCUCCAUCUCCACCAUGAAAGCCAAAGUGCCCAUCCUUGGCCCGGGGACCGUGGACUUCACCAAGGAGCAGACCGUGACCUUCUCAGAGGGAACCAGCAUGUCGGAGUCAAUUAGUCACUCUGUCUCUGUUGAGCUGCUGGUCCCACCCAACCACUCCUGUGCUGUGAGGAUGGAAGGCAGGAAGAUGACGGCUGAAAUCCCCUACACUGGUAGGCUGAGCAGGACCAACCACAAAGGAGAGACCCACUGGACAUACAUCACAGGCACCUAUGAUGGUGUGAGUGUCGGCGAGAUCAAUGCUGUGGUGGACAGAUGUCAGCCGGUGACUGAUGCUGUUCCCUGCUCCCCAUCUCAAGACUGAUG